UAAUAAUUUUAAAUUUAUAUAUACACCUUAUAGUAUACCAUUGCCUUUCUGAGCGAACGAUUUGCCACAGAUAUCACAGUGAUAUGGCUUCUCACCUGUAUGGACGCGUCUGUGCCUUGACAAGCCUUGAUUUCGAGAGAAUGAUCUACCACAGGUAUCACAAUGAUAUGGCUUCUCUCCUAUAUGAAUACGUCGGUGAGUGAGUAGGUUAGUUUUCCGAGAGAAUAAUUUACCACAGGUAUCACAAUCAUAUGAUGUCUUGCCCUCUUCAUUCUCUACAUCAUCAGAUAAAUCAAUUAUUUUAGAUAGCCUUCUCACUGUAUUUGGCUAUCUGAUGUCAUCUACAGUAUGGAUAUAAAUGACCCUGGAUUUAUUUGAGGAAUUCCUUCAUGUCAGUAGAGUUUAAAACAUGAGAGAAAGAGAAAGAAAAUAGAAUUUCCAAGACUAGUAUUCACUAUGAUUGUUUCAACCCAUCGUGCAUCUGUGCCUCGCAGGUGAGAUUCUGUACGAACAGUUGUGGGGCAUCCUUUGAUGCAGACAUGUCCCAUCAGGUGACUUAUCAAAUGGUUCCUCGAAUUUCAAUUUCUGUUUUGCUUAUUUCGAUUAGAAUUCAUUUUGGUAUUUGGGACAUGUCAAGCUUCUUUCAGUUUCCAUCAAACAUGUCUUUGAUUGGCCACUCUGGGACUGAACCCAGGACCAUGUGGUUGGGAAGCCAACUUCUUACCACACAACCAUCCCUGCACUUCUACAGCCAUGUCUAUAUAAAAAUGUAGUAAAACUUUCACUGCUUUAAUCUCUCUAAUUCCUAAUUAUCUUGUAUGUUUUACACUGUUGUUUCUCUUUCGUUUCAGAUUAUCAGAUGACAUCUGCUUCACAGGAUUUUUACAUAAGCAACGUCAUUAGAAUGGAAAGUCUUUUGAAGACUGAGCAAAGAUGUUAUACAAAACACGUAUAACCCUGUUUCUAUGAAUAUUUAUUGAAUUACUGCAAAAUAUAUCUUCUGAACUCUGACAUAUAUGUAGCAAAAUUUCUCUUCUUUAUUGUCUGGAAUACACAGAAAAUUAUAUUUGCAUAUUAAUUAAUCAUUUAGCAUUUAAACUAGCACAAAUAUUCUGACCUCUCACACUCACCCUGCAGUGUCAGUUUAAACAUAAACAAUCAAAUCACUGAAGUCUCAAAGCUAUGAGAUAAUCCAUGAUUAAUUCAAAACAAUAUGAAUAAAUAAGCAUUACAUUUCACAAAGGAAUCUCAAUGCUAAACGGUUAAACUGGCCAUAUUUUUGUGUGUUUUAUAUUCAUACUAGCCAGAUCCCACCCCUCACACCCACCCUACAAGGCCAUUCUAAAAAUAAACAAUCACAACAUUGAAAUCUGAACAUGAUAACAUAAUGAAUGAUUAAUUCAGAAGAAUUUCAAUAAACAUUCUAUUUGACUGAUUAAUCUGAAUGUUAAUGAGUUAAAGCAAUUAAGAAGGCAGUUUGCAGCAUCUUCAGAUAUUAACAAAGAACACUUUUGAUGGAGAUAUAUCAGUAGAAAUAUUUGUUCAGAGCAAUAUACGAGAAGAAGGAAAACCUUUGUGAACUGUGACAAGAGAAAGGAACAUUAUGGAAAAUGAAUUAUUUAGGAGUGAAGUUGAAUGUAAAAGAGAGUCUGAAGAAAUUGAUUUUUCUGAUGAGGAAAAGAAUGAAAAGGGCAAAACAUCAUUUGAUUGUGAUAUCUGUGGCAAGUCGUUCUCUUGGAAAGCUAAGUUAGUCAUUCACGAACGUACUCAUACAGGAGAAAAACCAUAUCACUGUGAAAUCUGUGACAAAUCGUUUUCUCAAAACAAUUCCUUAACCAAGCACAAGCAUGUUCAUACAGGAGAAAAACCAUAUCACUGUGAAAUCUGUGGUAAGUCUUUCUCUCAAAGCGAACACUUAACUAGGCACAAGAGUUGUGUUCAUACAGGAGGAAAACCAUAUCACUGUGAUAUCUGUGGUAAGUCUUUCUCUCGAAGCGAAAACUUAACUAGGCACAAGAGUUGUGUUCAUACAGGAGAGAAACCAUAUCACUGUGAAAUCUGUGGUGAAUCCUUUUCUCAAAACGAUCACUUAACCAAUCACAAGCGUGUUCAUACGGGAGAAAAACCAUAUCACUGUGAAAUCUGUGGUAAAUCUUUCUCUCGAAACGAAAGCUUAACGAGGCACAAGAGUGGUGUUCACACAGGAGAGGCACCAUAUCACUGUGAAAUCUGUGACAAAUCUUUUUCUCAAAACGAUCACUUCACUAUGCACAGGCGUGUUCAUACAGGAGAAAAACCAUAUCACUGUGAAAUCUGUGGUAAAUCUUUCUCUCGAAACGAUCACUUAACCAAGCACAAGCAUGUUCAUACAGACAGGGAACACAUUUCAUGAGGAAUAGAUUCAUUUCCCAAGUUACAGACAUUGUUUAUGAGUUUUAUUUUUCAAGCACAACAUCCAAAUUUUGAAAGUUUCUACUACCAUAACAAAUGCAUCUGUGUCUUACCAAGAAGUUUAUAAAAAGCAAAGGAAUGCUUCUCAGUAAACAACUCUAGACUUGUUUCUUGUGAAUCAGUGGUCACGUCUACAAAUGAUGGUGUCCCUGAGUCUUUUCAAAGUGAUUCAGAAAACAAUUAUAAUAAUAAUAUUUUAUCUAUUCUAAAUGAUCUUGACAUUGUUUUUGACUUUACAUAAAAUAUUCUUUACAUUUUA